CCUGCCCCCUCCCUCCGCCUCGGCCGUGCCGCCCGUGUCCCUGCCCACCCCCUGCUCCGGCAUUGCGGCGCCGCAGACGUGACCCGAGCGGACCCCACCGCGGCCUUUUCCCCGCUGCCCCGGCCUCUCGCCGCAGAAGCGCAUGUCAUCUAUCCAGAACCUCCAAUCUUUCGACCCCUUUGCUGAUGCAACUAAGGGUGACGACUUACUCCCAGCAGGGACCGAGGAUUACAUUCAUAUAAGGAUCCAACAACGAAACGGAAGAAAAACCCUAACAACUGUCCAGGGAAUUGCAGAUGAUUAUGACAAAAAGAAACUUGUGAAAGCCUUCAAAAAGAAAUUUGCUUGUAAUGGUACCGUGAUUGAACAUCCUGAGUACGGUGAAGUUAUCCAGCUCCAAGGUGACCAGAGGAAGAACAUCUGCCAAUUCCUCAUGGAGAUUGGCAUUGUCAAGGAAGAACAACUGAAAGUUCAUGGUUUCUAAAAUACUUGAGCUCUCAUGAAGAAUCCUGCAGUAAUUGUACUUACCGAAGCUGGCUGUUCUGUGGAAGAUGAAUCUUUGCAGUGAAUGGACUUCCCUGUUACCUGAACAUUUAAAAUUUGAUUCAUAUUUGCAUGAUUGCACGAAACAUGUUGUAUGUAGGUUAGAAACACAUAAAAAAACUGCAGUAAGGUGGUAACGAAGACACUUGUAAACUUUAACACAUUUCCAAUGGAAAUGUUUUAGUGAUGAUUGUUCAGUUUACUAUUCUUCACUUGACUUAAAUGUGUGGGCUGUAUUAAAACAGUGUGAGUUGCUGCUUAAAAAUAAAAGUUUAUUCAUAUAUUUUCUGAGAUAUUUGAAAUGUUUUAGCUUAAGUUUUUCACUAGGACAGCAGCCUUACUAAUAGCCAAAAUUUUUUGUAGUGAGUGUAGCUUACUGCUCAUUGAAUAAAGUGGCAAAUCUACAUGAUAAGUAUUUAGCUAAUUAGUGAGCGUGAUGUGAUUGUCUGCUGUAGCUGUGAGACUAGAGCUUUAAAAUCUUCCAUUUAGAUGUAUCUUGGUAGUAGCAUGAUAAGACAUUAAUUAUUUGUUGAGUAAAUAGGUGGCUCUUUCCACUAAACUGACCUGCAAUGACUAUGAAAUAUUAGUGUUAAACCUAGCUAAAUUAAACUAAGCUGAACUCCUUAAAGCUGCUAUUGCUAAGAACAAGCUACACAUCUAGGUCUUACUGGGUGUUCCCAGGACAUGUGAGAGAAGUGCAGAGGAUUCAGUAUCCUUCCUGUCUCUGAAUGAAGGGGAAAGUUCUUCAGUUGGCUUCUCCUGUGACUGCCUUUCAUGUUGGCAAGCAGGCUGCUGUAGUAGCUCUAAGUGUGAGUUGUGAAAAUAGGGAAGGGAGCAGGCUCUGCACUAACAAAUUUCUUGUACUUGUCGUUGCAGUCUCUAAUCCAAUGUUAUGGGAAUAAUUUGGUGUAAAAAGUUGUACUGUGAUUAGUGGUUAAUCUGUGGGUUUUGUUAUGGGGUGUGAGUAUAGCUACAAAAAAAGUUUAUUUAGUCYACUCUGUUUUUGUCAGACAAUUCAUUCAGUGUUAUCUUAUAUCACUAUAGAUUGUUCUUCCAAGCUUUCAGCCUAGUGUUUGAUGUCUGGUCGCUAAACUACAUUUUUUUUUUUUUUACAUAAAAAAAAUAAUUUGCUGAAACACAGUUCCCAUUUUCCUUGUGAGAYAGGCGAUGAACUGAGCUCUAAAUUCAGAAGAUGCUGAGCUGGGAAAAUGCAGUAGUGGUAGAAAAUGUUAAAAGGCUUUUUGGUAAUAGCGCAAAAUCUCACAGGAAGAAAGAGGCAUUUCUUUGCUGUUGAGGCCUCKAAUAGCCUAUUCAAAGGAAAGGAGUUUGAUGGUGGCGUAAUUAGUCAUCGAGCCUAGGUAAGACUGUCAGUGCCCUUACUUUAAUUCGGAGCCCUGCCUUUCUAAACAGUAAAGAUCCUACCUGAAUCUCUUUUACAUUUCUGAAUUCAGAUACAGUCUUCUAUGGCACUAGCAGYGGUUAGAAAGGAGCAUUACAGAGCAUUCAUACAUGAAUUUCUUGGUCUGGCUGGUCUAAACUAAGAAUUCUGCCUCUGAGAAUCCAGUUUCCUUUCUGUGUCUUGCAAUCUUCAUGGAUUUUUCCUGUACCAUUGAUCUUGCUGUGCCAGUAUGAGGGGAAGGCCUGUUGCAGAAUCUGAAUUGUCAGCACAGAUGAAUUCAAAUCCAUGGAAUUAAAGUCUAAUGCUACUCUCGCACA